CACUAAGUGGUUGGGCUUUCGUUUUUGGGCUCGACUUUUGCUUUUCCCAGUGAAUACACCGCUCCGUCGCUGGCAUUAUGGGACCGGACGGCGGCUGUGCCGGCGACUACUGUCCAAUCGUCGACGCGAUUACACUCAUUGACGGCACCAAUGGCCUCAAUGGCAGUCAUAAGUGUGUCCAACAAUCUAAUGGAUCCAUAAAUCGCCAAGAAUUGGCCAAUUCUAUGAAUGGCAAAAGUAAGCGACAAUUAAACGGACAAAACGGGCGCCAAAUAUAUAUAUCCGACCGGAAGGAAGAGCCGCCCCUUUACCUCGAAAUCCUAUGUUAUAUCAGUUAUGCCGUCCUUAUUAUAUUCGGGUAUUUAAGAGAUUUUCUACGAAAAAUCAGAUUAGAGAAGACUAGAGGGGCGGUCGAAUCGCACCGAGAGGGUUACGUCCCGUUAUACCAGAGUUUUGAGAGCUUUUUCACGCGAAACAUCUACCGGCGAGUGUGCGACGGCUGCAAUCGGCCCAUCACUUGCGUGCCCGGGGCUGAGAUCGAUGUCAUGGAUCGGGUCACCAAUGAUUAUAACUGGACUUUCGAAUACCCGGGAACCACAACGCGGGCUAUAAAUAUGGGUUCUUAUAAUUACUUGGGUUUCGCUGAGAAUGAGGGCACGAAUGUGGACCGAGUAGAGGGCGUACUGCAUAAGUAUGGGGUGGGAGUGGGCGCUACUCGCCAUGAGCUGGGCACAAUCGACAUACAACGGGAACUGGAGCUGCGUUUGGCUCAGUUUCUGGGCGUCGAGUCGAGUAUUGUGUUCGGUAUGGGGUUCGCCACCAACUCGACUAACAUACCGACGCUGGCCAGCAAGGGGUGCCUCAUCAUCAGCGAUGAGUACAAUCACGCGUCGAUUAUACUCGGCUCCAAGAAAUCGGGCGCUUCUGUAGCCGUAUUCAAACACAACGACAUGAAAGACUUGGAGCGCAAAAUCAGAGAUAACAUAAUCAAUGGUCAGGAGAACAGCCACAGGGCGUGGAAGAAGAUUAUAAUCAUCGUUGAGGGCAUCUAUAGCAUGGAGGGCACGAUCAUCAACCUGCCCGAGAUCAUUAAACUGAAACUCAAGUACCGGUGCUACGUAUACCUGGACGAGGCGCACAGUAUCGGUGCCAUUGGGCGCAGAGGGCGCGGGGUUUCCGACUACUUUGGCUGCGACCCCAAAGACAUCGACCUCUGGAUGGGAACGUUUACCAAGAGUUUCGGAGCGGCCGGCGGUUAUAUCGCCGGCAGAAAACAGCUCAUAGACUACAUCGCCGUACACUCGCAGAGCGCCACAUACGCCACGUCUAUCGCCCCCUGUAUUGCCCAACAGAUUAUGUCCGUUAUUAACGUCAUUAUGGGGGUCGACGGCACCCACGAUGGCCAGAUGCGUAUCGCGAGACUGUCCCGAAAUGCCCGCUAUUUUCGGCGUCGACUCAAACAACUGGGUUUCGUUGUCUACGGGAACGACGACUCGCCGGUCGUUCCCAUUAUGAUAUGCUUCUGCUCUAAGAUAUCUGCUGUUGUGCGGACGGCGUUCACCAAAGGCAUCGGUACAGUGGGCGCCGCCUUCCCGGCCACCCCUCUGACGACGGGUCGCGUCCGGUUCUGUGUGUCGGCCUCUCAUACCAAGGAAAUGCUGGACAAAGCGCUGCGAGUGAUGGAUGAGAUCGGAGAUCAAGUGGCCAUCAAGUACUCGAAGCAACCAAAAAGUUGUGAGAAAAUUAUUUAUUAA